UUACUUAUAACUAAUAUUACUUAUUAGCUAUAUGAAUAUUGCUUGUAUGCCUGAAUGAUAGAAAGCUUGUGGUUUCGGGUGGAUGGCAGCGUGCAUUCAGGCCUCUGAUGAAAUGUUAUCAUGAUGUGACUUCGAUCUAAAGUGUGAUUAAUGAAACACACAGAGAAAGUUAAACCACAGAGAGGCGCACAGAGGCCGAGGGAUGCUUUAUCACAUUAUAAGGACAUCUCAUAGGACACCUGACAUUUUUCUUUUAUUUGAAGUGAUCCACAGGUUAAUAUAGGCCUGAUCUCUGGCCUCCUUUAUCGGGACUUCACAAUAUUAGUUGGAUCCAUCUUCCCCAGGUGAGAUGUGGGCGGCUGAGCAGGGGGGACCUGAACGUUCCACGGUUGCCAUGUUUUUGUCUCCAGGUGCAUCAUUCGAUCCGGAUCAACAUUCGGACAGAACCGAGCCUUCUGAUUUUCAGGACAAGUUCACUUUCACACAGCGAUUUUUGGACGAAAAAAAAGGCGAUUACUGGCGACUUUGUGCAUUUGAACCUUCGCUUCACACUUUCAGUGUCACUGACGAGAGGACCUUUGUCGAGAAAACAAUCACAGACAAUCACAGUCAAGGACUGCAGAGGGACAUUACUUCAAGAGAAAAGAUGUGUCUUGUGUCGUCUCACCUCCGUGACCACAGCUACUGCAGGACGGAGCUCAGCAGGAGCCAGAGGAGCACCGACACCCACCAGGCUGCUGGCAGCAGGAAGAGACGGAGGCAGCAGGAGGGCUCCUCCAGCACUUCCGAGGAGCCUCCGGAGAGAAGACUCCGCCUCAGCCCCCGGCCCUCCACCUCUGCCCCGCAGGCCCGGCCGGAAGGUGUCCUGCUGGAGAGCGACCGACCAGGAGCCAUCCAGCAGCCUGUGUGGGGGGACAGUCAACCCUUCCUCUCCUCUGCUUCUUUUGAUGCAGUGGCGGAGACGAUCAUGGCGUGGUUGACUGACUCUCCAUACAACUCUGAGAUGUGAGCGUCCAGGUAAGCGGUUUUGUCCGUCGGACUAAAUCCCGUUCAGUUCUUUUCCUCACUGAAUCCAGCUAAAAUCAGUGAGAGUUUGAUUUGACUGAACUGAAUUUCUUUCGAUUGGCUGACCGCCUUUUUUUAAAAAUUUGUUAAGGUGUGAAGGGAAGGAGAAACAAGGAAAGCAUUUUCUUUGAAUGUAUUUGAGUUGCCUUGUAUUUCAUUCCACCUCAUUACAUGGUGUGAAGAGACAAGGAAAGCACUUUCUUUAUUUGCAUUCAUUUGGGUUGCCUUGUUUCACCUUCGUUGAACCGAUGUUGUGCUGAUUUUGCGUUGUGUUGCGUUGCGCCUACUGCACGCUCAGAUUAGAAUCGUGCCCUUGUCGCUGCACCGUGACUCAGGCGGGGUGUCUGCACAUAGGAGGUGGCUCUGGGGGGGAUAGCGUGAACCUCCAAUGUGUUUCGACCUCCCCGUGAAGCUCAUCUGUGCAGAGAUUAAUGGGAUGACCACACCAUAUCGGGGGGCUCACGUGUAUGUCAUCGCCCACCCUUUGCCAAGAAGAGUCUGCAGUGACAAUGGCCUCAGUGCAGGGGUUCAGAAGGGGUGAAAAAACAAGGAAAGCACUUUCUUUGCAUUCAUUUGGGUUGCCUUGUUUUCACCCUCUUUGAAUCUAAGUUAUUUGCAUCGACUGAGCCGAAUCUAUUUGAAUUCAAUUGCAUACAACUAUAUUCAAGGACCAUGUUUCUUUUGAGAAUCAUGUCCUUGACGAAAAAAAGAAGACCAAUUAGAAAUGAGAAUAAACGAGAUAAGAAGAGAACAGAGAUGAGAAAGGAGGUCAAGAUCAAAUGAGAAAAGGAGAACAAACCAGAAGAAACACAAGAGGAGAUGCUGAGGAAACAGAUGGAAAAUUCAGGAUUAAAGGUCAGGAAAAUAUAAGAGAACACAUGAGGAAAGAUGAGACUCGCCCACGAAGAGAGGAAACGUGACGACAUAAGAGACACGGAAAGAACAGAAGGCAACAAAGAGCAUGAAUCUUUUCAUGUUGAAGGUAUGUAUUACAUAUUAACAUCAGAUUUCAUGCAGUAUUUAAUUAUACUUCUGUACCUUCUAUGUACUCUAAACAACCAUCUCUGUCCUUCAUCUGUGUUUUAAGAAGGACUUAAGGAAAGGAGUGUGUGAACCCCGUCAUGGUAACGAGAGAGGAGAUGGAUGAGGAGAGGAGGAGAUGGGAGGGCAACAGGAAGUGUCUCUGCCAUGCAAAUGAGGAGAGCAAGCAGUGGAAUGGAGGUGGAGACGAGACAAGAUGAGACGAGACGAGACAACGAGAUGACACAAGGAGAGCAGGUGGAGAGGAACAGAGAUGAGACAAGACAAGAGGAGGAGAGGAGGACGUUGCAAGCUGAACCAAACUUCAGAAACUCCCAGAAGUCAGCGUCACCUGGCUACAAUGACUUUUGAAGCGAUCAAACAGUAAACGUGUGUUUGAAAUAAAAAGUCAAAACGAGA